AUGGCCUCUUCCCAGCUUUUCGUCAUCCUGGCCAUUCUAUCAAUCUUCGCCCCUACAAUUCUGGCAACAGAUUAUGUCGUUGGUGAUUUAAAUGGUUGGACUACUGACUUUGAUUACCAAGCUUGGGCUCGGGGAAAGAUGUUCGUAGUUGGCGACAACCUUGUUUUUAUCUAUGCAGCAGGAGUGCACUACAAUGUGCUGAAAGUGAACGGAACCGGGUUUAAACAAUGUGCAGCUCCGGCGGGCACUGCGCCAUUAACAAGCGGUCAUGAUAUGAUAAACCUAGCAACCCCAGGGAGGAAGUGGUAUAUUUGUGGUGCUCCUAACCAUUGUGCUGGUGGUGGACAGAAGCUUGCCAUUACUGUGAUGCCAUCCUCGUUUGCUCCUAGCCCUAGCCCUUUAUCUGCAAAAUUCGGCUCUCCUAGCCCGAGCCCUACCGCUUCAUGCUGA